AUGGAGCUCCAGUUUUCCUUCUCUCUCAUCGCUUUCGUCGUCCUCCUCAUCUUCUUCCUGUUUUACUCGGUUAAAUUACUGAAAAGAUCCAAACGACUUCCGGGUCCAUGGAAGUUGCCUCUAAUCGGAAGUGUUCACCACUUCGCCAUUCCCCACUUAUCUGGUACACUCCCUCAUCAUUCUCUGAGAAACUUGGCAAGGAAAUAUGGAGCCCUCAUGCAUCUGCAACUAGGAGAAAAUUCAACGAUUGUCGUAUCAUCAUAUCAAUUGGCAGAAGAGGUAUUGCGAACGCGAGAUCCAGCCUUUGCGAAUAGGCAAGAAGUUCUAGCAGCUAAGAUCAUGACCUAUAAUUACGUAGACAUAGUAUUUUCUCCCUACGGAAAAUACUGGAGACAAAUGCGUACAAGUUCCACCUUGGGACUCCUGAGCCGCCAAAAAGUCCACUACUUUCGUUCUAUUCGACAGGACGAGGUUUCCCGUCUAAUCCAGUCAAUCAAAUCAUCCUUAGAUUCGCCAAUCAAUCUUACCAAAAAGAUUUUUUCGCUAACAAAUGACAUAACUUUUAGAGCAGCGUUUGGAAAAAGAUGCGAAAAUAAAGAUGCACUCAUACCCUUGAUUGAGGAGGCAAUAGAGCUGUCGGGUGGUUUGGACGUGUCUGAUUUGUUUCCCUCACUCAAAGUCCUUCACUUUCUCAGCAGAAAAAGGCCUAAAUUACAGAGGCUUCAUUUAGAGAUGAACGAAAUCCUCGAGAAUAUCAUCGAUGAGCACGAAGAAUACCUUGAGAGCUCCGAAGGGGGAGAUGGUGAAGCUGGGGAGGAAGAUCUGGUCGAUGAGCUUCUCGGACUUAAGCAGAGAGGGGACCUUCAGUUUCCCAUGACAAACAACAAUAUCAAAGCUGUAAUUCUGGACAUUUUUUUCGCUGGAACCGAAACAUCUUCGGCUACAGUCGAAUGGGCAAUGUCAGAAAUGGUGAGGAAUCGAAGAGUGAUGGAAAAAGCACAAGCCGAACUAAGACAAGCCCUCAAGGGGAAGAAGAGCAUCGACGAAAGCCACAUUCAGGGCUUGGAAUAUUUGAAGCGGGUGAUCAAAGAAACUCUAAGGUUACACCCUCCUGUUCCCUUGUUGCUCAGAGAAUGUAGGGAACAAACAGAGAUCAAUGGAUACCUCAUACCCAUAAAAACAGAAGUUAUAGUGAACGCCUGGGCUAUCGGAAGAGAUCCUGGAUAUUGGAAAGAUGCCGAGAGUUUUUCACCAGAGAGAUUCGAUAAUAGUUCUUUCGAUUUUACAGUAAACAAACACAAAUAUGUUCCAUUUGGGGCAGGGAAAAGGAUGUGUCCAGGGAUAUUUUUCGGUCUAGCGAAUAUCGAACUUCCUCUGGCUCAAUUAUUGUAUCACUUUGAUUGGAAACUACGUGCUGGGAAGCCAGAAGAUCUAGAUAUGACAGAGACCUUUGGAGCAGCUACUAGGAGAAGAAGCAACUUGCACUUGAUUCCCACCCGUUAUUUUUCUUGAUCAUGAGUAAGGAAAGCCACCAUUAGAAUGUGAUGAGACCAUGAGUAAUCCUCCUUAUGAUUAUCUUGCAAAUGGUUAAGUUCCACAUUUCCAUUUCCUAUUUGUAAAUUUUUCGCACAAGUAAUUUCAAUUCCCUUACAUUUCCCCUUCCUUUGAGAAAAUAAGAUCUCAUCGCGUACAACGGUCUUGCAAAAAAUCAAGUCGAUUGAACAUCGAUAACCUAGUGAACGAAUCAUAUGUUUACAAUGCAAUAAUCAAUGUCCAGAAUAUUAAGCAAGUCAAAAAGAGUGAUUUGUUACUAGGUUAUUGAUGUUCGAUCGAUUUGAUUUUUUGCAAGGCCAUAGUAGGCAAUGAGAUCUUUCAAGUGAACCUUUUGGAUCACAUUUUCGAGUUCGGGACCCCGUUGUUUUGCCCAGGGACAGCAGGCCUC